AUGGGAAUUUGCAAAGGAAAACCAAAAUAAAAUGGAGGAAAUUUUUCCUCUAACCCUUUGAAUAAGGAAACUGAUAUGAUUGAUGAAAAUUUAAAGAGAAUAAAAAAAUAAUUUGAUGAUUUAACUUUAUUAUUAGAGUGUGUAAGAUAAUUUUAUAAUUUUAGAUGAGCUAAGAGUUCAAAGCUAUAACUGAUAGCAUAAUAAAAUUACAGAUGUCAUAAUAACAACAAAAUGAAAAAUGA